AUGCUGACGAAUCCAAAAUGUGACAUUCCAUGGGAUGCGCGGUCUCCGAGCUACCUGCUAGGCUCGCACCGUGCGCCCGAUCUGGCCCUCCUUUGUUCCAUCGCCUAUGCAGCGCGAUCCGUUGAGAUGUCAAAGCACGUAAGCGCCAAAAUUCGGUAGCAGAUCAGGAAAUGUUGCUCGUGAGUUUAAGUCGAUUUUACUGUACGGGGAAUUCAGUACAGUAUUAAUUAAGUGGUAGAUUGUUUAUUCUGGUCAUUUCUAACCAUGUAGAUUUGGGGGCAUUAGUUAAUUACCACUGAAUUUCAUAUUUCUUAGAAUCAUGAGGAAUGGAGUUGCCAGUACGAAUACAUAGAAAUAUACGAUGGUCCCUCGAGGUCUUCACCUUUUCUGCGAAAACUAUGUGGGUCUGAUAUACCGACGACAAUAGGAUCGACUAAUAACACGAUGACCGUGCGCUUCGUCAGCGGAAAGUAUCGAAGAGAGCGGAGACUUAAAGGAGAGUUUAGGAAAGGUAAGUCCUCCUUGUCUGCAUGGAUAAUACAUAAUGCAAUACCUUGCUCUUCAACUACAGCGGCAUGAUACAUAUUUUUGCACACCAUCUACGCAUUCACGUUCAGAUGUUAUUCGUACAAUCGCCUAAUUUUGGAGUUUGCUAAGAGCUUAAUUUGACUGCGUGGUGUACCUUUCCCCAUUUAGAAAUGAGCAAUUUAUAUACGUAUGUAGGAAAAUAUCGUCCUCAUGAAAUGCUGUUCUGAAUACUUAAAUUCGGUGGUCAAACCAACAUGUUGAAAUGCGUUUGUCAAUCGGCAUAGGGAGGCUGUCGUUUGAUUGUCGUACAACACAAUCUCAAGAUUUUCGUGUUAAACCCGGACUAGAGCUUUUGAAUGUACUUCAUUCGGACAGCCUGCAAAAUCUCACUUUGCAUAUGUUUUCUAGAAAUCAUGCUUGAAAAUACCCUUUUUUAUACAUAUUUUGUAACAAAUUACAUAUUACUUUAACUUUGCACUCUACGAAAAGUUUCUUUUGAUUUUAAAGUGGUUUUAAUCAUGGCGCAGUCACUGAGACGGUACUGUUAUUAGCCCGAUCUUCCGAACUCGAGAAGGAGUUCAGCAUCGGAAACCGUUGGAGUGCAACCUGCCCCGGCUUAAGACGCUUUGACGCACACCCGACUGUCCCGUGAGUGUUCAGGGGGGGGGGGAGAGAGGAAUUUUGUCAAUGACCUGGUCUAGUAUGCGUCGCCUGCCCACAAUAGUUUUACAGCAAGGUGACGGUGUUUGACCUUGAGACACUGGGUCGCCUCUCGCGUUUAUGCCCGAGUAUUCACGAGCUGAGGCGAGGCCCUGGUUGGCCUGUAUAAUGACAAGGAUAUGUAUGGCAUAGGGUUUGAUAAAAUGCGCACGAUUGCUCCCUUCGGUCAUGUUGAUCCUUCAUUUCAUUAUUCUGGUACGCAUGGUCGCCGCGGAAAGAUAGCGAUGACCACGUCUCACUCAGUCUUAAUGAUUUCUGUGACCUCGGACACUAUGCAUGUUAGCGAGUGCCAAAACGUUACUGUCUCUCUCUCGUUUGUCCGUCCAGGUGCGUAAGUAUGCAGCAACUGACGAAAUGUUUUGGAUAGCCGUUAUUUGUCAGUUGGUCGCUGAGAUGCCGUAGUUAUUGAACUCUUCCUUUGAGCCCGCCACCGUGGGUUUUUACGCGAUAACAGAGGUUCCUUACACGGCCCACAUUUUGCACUGCUCGAUGGUUGCUAUGAUAGCAGAGGACCAGGGUUGUGCUAGUCGCCAUGCUAUACACUGUAGUGUUUAGUCUGCGCGCAACGUGCACGUCAAGGAAAGCUAAUAUCUCAGACGCCUUGCACGGACCAGAAGCAAGCCGGGGCGGGGGUGUUUGAGGCAUGGAUUUUAGCCAUCAGCUCCAUCUAUAGGUGUAUUCAUUUCCCUCACGUGUUACCACGCCCGCCGCCCACGCAGCCAGAUGGCGCAGCUUAUACGGCCACUAAGGCCGAAUACCGUCACCACGCCGUGAGACCAUUGUGGAGCCGGGCUGUGGGCGCCAGACUUAGCCAAGUACGCAGACGCUUAAUUUGCUGCCUAUUCGACGAGACCCUGCAACGAAUUAAAAUUCGACGCGGCCGAAACCCUCGCUAGAGGUAACAACCACGUGAUCCGCGGGCUGUUUGAAUCAUGGUUCAAUGGCUCCCAGUCUAAUGAUUAGUUCAACGACCUUCCCAUUCCAUACUCGGUACGGAGAGUUCGCCUAGGCAGAGUAUUAAGCCACGCGGGGAGCGCGCGGGCAAACACAGUCCCCAAAACCAGUACAGUGGGUCAGAUGGUUGAGCAAUCAUCACUUCGGCAUUCAACGUUUUCUGUUGGUCGUGGGGAUGACGUCAGUGUCACCCCGAUUGAAAAGUUGGUCGCACUGGGGUGCGUGUGCAAAAACGAGGGACAGUGAGUCACGCCGACGUACGCGUACCUUGUGUUUAUUGAUUCGAGUUCCCAGAUGUCGUCCUGUAUAAUCAACAAAUACACAGGGAAAAUUUGCACAUGGGAUGCGAUAUAGAUAGAUAGAUAAUAUUUUAUUAAAGACCCGUCGGGGUCCCAUCAAAGCAAGUUAAAAUAAAUUUUCAUGUGAGUUUUAGACGAGGCAGGCCGAAUCUUUACAAAAUGCAAUUCAUAGUUUCUGAAUUAGUAGUCCAUUGAGAAACAUGAUUAGUCAGGGGUGGAAAAAACUCGCAACCUGUUGGUUUUCCACACUUCUGGCUUGGCUAUGGCUGGCUGACGACGGCUAGUAAGACAGAAAUGGCCAUUCCAGUCUCCCUUGUCUUUGUCGGUAAUAGCAUUCUGCCUAUAUAUCAUGCGCCGCCUUGCGGCUGCUGGUUCGGCUCGAGAGAGAGCCCUUAAGGCACAACGGAACGAGUGCGUUCCGAAUGAACGAUCGGUGAGCGCCCCUUCCAUAAAUAUAUAUAUAUAUAUAUAUAUAUAUAUAUAUAUAUAUAUAGAGAGAGAGAGAGAGAGAGAGAGAGACAGACAGACAGACAGCCCGUAAGGCACAACGGAACCUAGUGAUUUCGUAAAAAACGAUCGGUGAGCGUCCCUACCAUUAUAUAUUUGUAUAUAUAUGUUGAAGGAAGCCUACCUUCCAAGAGAGAGAAAGAGAGAAGAGGUGGUAUAAAUUCCGAGACGAUAUAAUGAAAAGGAAGAAGUUCUUCAAAAAAAUUCAAUUUGCACUCGUGAAUUUUCGAAUUGUUACACUAACCCUUCGUUAGACGAAAUGAAGAUUAAAUAUAAAGUGUGGCAGUCACACUAGACUAGUUGAUGCGACAGGACAAACAUUGACGGGCGGACCAUUAGCGAGUAAGAAGUGGGGUGGGUGGGGAUUCAUGCUGGUUUCUGGGCCAGGAGGGGAGGAGAGAGGGGCGAGAACAGUUACGACUGCCGUGUUGGAGGGGAGAGGAGAGUGGCUGGUUGACGGAACUGCGGCGCCUGAAUAAGCGGCUGCUGCUGCAGCGUGGGACUCCGUUUGGUGAGGCGUGAUCUUAAACCCUCAUAAUGGGCAUCUUGAUCAACAUGGCGGUUGAUGGUAUUCGUGUUAGAGUGCCAUGUCUCUAGGAAUUCUCUCGUCCGUUUUGUGUUGGUUGUGGCGAUGACCUCAGUGUCAUCCCAAUUGAACCGGCGGUCGCCCUGGAGUGCGUGUGCAAAGACAAGGGGCAGUGAGUCACGGCGACGGACGGUUGGUUUUUGUUCAUUAAUUCGAGUUCCUAGAUUUCGUCCUGAAUGACCAACAUUUAUGCGGGGGUAAUUGGCACAUGGGAUGCAAUAUAUAACAUUAGUCUGUUCCGGUUUGGGUUCGAUUCCUUUAUUCGAGAUCAGCCUUUGCGCAGCGAGGAGCAGGUUUGAGAGAAACGCGGAUAACGACCUGAUUUAGCUGAGGGGCGAACAUUUCUGAGGUCCCCUGCAUAAAGGACAGCAAGACGAAUUUCUGUGUCCCGAUUUCUCCAUUUGAGGAGGGGCCAUGAGGUUGUGCCUAACGCCUGAGGCAGUUAUUCACGAAACUGAUCAAAUAUCCGUUAAAUCGAAAUAACCCAUACAUAUAAGCUAGUUCUCUCUUCAGGAGAUGGUCAUUGCUGCAAUAACGGUAGGCGCGGGGGAAGAGAGUUCGUACGCAGCAUCCUUUUUGAACUGCAGGAUGAUUCUUGCAUAAUUGUGGAUGAUAUCCGAAUCAGACCCCUUUCUGUAGACGUUGGUUGUGAGACUACUGUCGUCCAGCCUUUGUAUUUUUACAUAUAUAUAUCAGUGAGGAAGGAUGACAGAGAAUGCGACUAGAUUGGCCAGUACUGUUUCGGGCUUAUUGUGCCUUCAUUCGGCCAAUCAUAACCCUCACCACCAGCAGCUGGGACCAGAAACACAAAAAUGCGCACAGACGCACCUGGCGCUGUUAAUCCACCACCGGGGUCUACCAGAUGGAUCAUAAGCACUUCAUCGAACCCAAGUUCAUCAGUGCCUCGCCACCUGUCAUUCUCUGUCGCUGCAGAUCGGGUAUUUAUCAAUUAGGAAUGGACACACACCGAUCUAUUGAUUUCACGAAGCAAACAAGCUCCGUAUGGGUGACAAAGGUCAAAAACAGGCAACCAAUUACCAGGCCGAAGUCGGCCAAGUCAUAAUAACAGCGAGGAGGAAGAGGUUUUUCUGAAAAAUCGAGUUGUACUCGUGAGUUUUCGAGCUGCUGACACCAACCCGUCGACAGACGAAAAUUUCGCGGGUAAAACUCGAGUUUCCCGAAGAAAUACUUCCUGUUUUCAUAUACAUAUACAUAUAUUGCGAUUGCGUUCGUCGUAAAUACUUCUUUGUAUUUUUAUUCUUAAUAAAGCUGGUCGACUAUCGGUAGACGUUGGUAUCAAAAACACUCUUUAAUGGGUUUAAAUAUAUUUUCCAUUGGCAGCUUGAAUGAUUUUUCGCAAUAAUUAAUGACGAAUGAGGAAAUUGUCCUUGCUGAUUAUCACUACCUGCAGGAUCAGUAGUAUAUGAAGCCGAAGUCAUAUCGAUUUAUGUUUUUAUAUCAGCCGUAUGCGGUGGCAAGUUCAUUGCGGACGAAGGCCACAUUGCGGUCCCUAGGUAUCCGAACAAUCAACUGCCAAACAGUGAGUGCACUUGGACGAUUGAAGUUCCCGUCGGCUUCCACAUUGCACUCACAAGGGAAAUAUUCGGAGUAAGUACCCGUGGAACCCUUUCAUUCAUGUCCUCUGAUUCUGAUAAAGAUGUGCGCAGUCGGAGGUAAUUUAAUUUUAACAACAGCCAGUCAUGCUAAAACAUAAUGUUAUACAUGUUUGUUGCAUAUAGCUACAGUGCAUAGGACAUCACCAACAUGCCUUAUUUCUCGCAUCCAAUGAUUCGAUCUUGCUUUCUACCUUUGAGACGGCCCGCAGCAACUGGUCGAAUAUGAAUUCAUGCAUCCCGCCCUCGGCACCUUGAUGCAAGAUAACCUCAAUUACAAAAAUUGAUGCAAAAUCGGUUUUUGCGUCGAGUCUUAGCAGCCCGUCAAGAUUUGCAGCACACAACCUAGUUACUAGGCCAGAAUGAGAGCUACUCGGAUCUGAUACACGAACGUGAGAUGUCAUGAUGUCCACACUGAGAAGUAUCCCCUGAAACCUGGCUCCCAGGCCUGAUGACAAUCAAGUUACUGCGUCAGCCGGUAAGCUUCCAAUGGACGACUGAUGGCGAAUUACGAUGGAUUCAAGAGUGCCAGAUUCAGUACCACUGAGUCAGGGGUCGACAUCUUGUUAUAAUAGAUGCUCCAGGGUCGGGCUCUCAUGCACAAGACGACUUUCCUUGCCUGGGAGCGGACCGGAGAUGCGACUGUGUGGCGUGACUGAAGAGAUGACAUUGUUCACUUAAGCGUUUGACAUGCGACUUGAUCCCCACGUCGCGUAAAAUUCUGCUCCGAAGGAUAUUUGUCCCACUUGAGUGAGAGCAGACAUGCGACGUUCCGCUCACCGUACAGAACAUGACAAAGGAGAUCUCAUGUUUGCUUCAAAAGAAAUGCAGUGUGUUACUAGGAGAUGUCGUGCGUCUGUUGAAAUUGCACACCGCCCAAUAGGGCCUUCAAAAUUAAAAAUCGGUUAGAGCCUGAAGAACACUCUGGAGUAGUGUAUCGUAUUCCCUGCCAAAAUUUUCCUUGUAAUUACAGACGGCAGACUGGGCGCAUACGCGAACAUAAGCUGAUUAUACGACGAGGCAAAGCAUUGUCACAAGUGGCCGCCCACACCUACGAAAUGGGUCACGAUUUAACUUCACAGCCAACAAAAUAGUCGCCAACGCCGGAAACAAAAUAGGCUGAAAAUUGAUUGAAGCCUGGGCCUCCGAUGAGAACUGGGUCAAUCGAUUUACCGAUAUGGCGCCUGCGUACAGAGCCCUGCGUAGUCACCUCCAGUCUGGGGCGUCGGUCGAUGAUUGGCCUAUAUGCCCUAUAACUGUCGCUCGUUCUGCCGCAGCCACUACCUCUGACGAUGGACUCCUGCACGAGUCUGAAAACUGGGGACAAUAAACGAGUGUUCCGGUGCUCGACCUUUCUUCAUUUAUACAAAUCUGUGACGGCUUUACGUCGGGGCUCAUGCCGCUGCUUCCAGGAUCUAUGUUCCAUGAAUUCGCAAGGGACCCACCAGGUCGAUGCGUAAAAUAAGUGCGCAGUGGCAGCAAGGACACUGUGGGGUGGCGUACACUGAACGGACGAUGGUGGCGACGUUGAUGGUGAUCGCAUUACGAGUGCUGAUGAUAUAGGACCAUGCGACAGAAGAAGCAGAGUUUUUUACUUCGGAAAUUGCAGGUCAGCAUACAUGCCAAUAAGAAGAGAGCCAGCCUGGUGAUCGAAGGUCAGUCAUGAGCUUGAACGCGGCCUACCAGGCGCCACUCACAUUACCUUAGUCAGUCCGCAGAUGACAGAGACGUGUAGAAUCAGACGAGUAUACCAGUCGACACUCAUGAAGAAGCGACCAGAAACUGGCUGGUGCCCACGUUACUGGCAUACAGCAUCUGGCCAUCGGAAGUGUCCAAGUUGCAUAAAGCAGAAUGUACAUGCAGUGAUAACUGAUCAGUACAUCGGACGACAAGGCAUAGGCUAAUGAACCCACCGACUUUACUGCAACUACAACGACCAGAGUGUUGUUAAAUUACUAGCGAGCUCCGAGCGGUGACAACGCAGAUGCCAAAACGAAGCAUCACUGACCAGGAAGGUUGAAGUUCUUACGUCGGACACGGCAAAGAAAAGACACAUUGUCACUCUGAUGAAAGAAACAAGGAAGACUUCAUAAGGUUCGUACAAACGGGGUUGUGUCCAGGAAUAUACAUCCGCCUCUUCCUUUUCUGUGCGGAGGCAAGCUCAGAUGUGUAAAUUUCUACCUUAGAGACAGCAAAACAGAGGAGGGAGACACGAAGGACCAUUUUUGGACUUUAAAAGCCUCCGAAGUCAAACCUAGGUUUGCUGACCUGUGCGUCGAGCCAUUUUCAUCGGUAAUUGAACGUCAGGCAGUCGACCACACUAAUACUGAGUCACGAUCCCACAGUUGCGUGGACGGAUUGUCCCACGCGAUUCAAGUUAAGGCAGUGAUUGCCCCCAGAGAUACACAGAUCGACACGUCUAUACCUCGCAUUGGCCUUCAAAGAUACGAAUUAAAUUAAAUGUUAAACUAACAAAUUUCUGACACUCUUCCACUUUGGUCGAAAAUUGAGACUUAGGUAUCUGCUUAUGAAAUAUAUUCCCUGCCGCAUUUUAUAAUCAUAAGAUGACGGAGCAUCCACAGUGUCUCCACGAUUACUUGGAAGUUUUUGACGGUCCUUCGGAGUCUUCUCCCUCGCUGUACAAGCUCUGCGGGUAUAAUUUCCCGCCGACCAUUUGGUCGACGAAUAACACGAUGACUUUGCGGUUCGUUGUCAACAGUUCAAUCGAAGGGCAAGUUUUCGAAGCCAACUACCGAAAGCGUAAGUGUUCGGGUCUUACACUUCACAUUAAUUAUGCGAGGUGUGUGCUGUUACACUGUUACAAGGCAACAGGCCAUCGGCACUGACAAUAUGCUCUUUUAACGCAAUCAAUUAUUCUAUCUGUCCAUGCAAAUUUCUGAUCCCGGUAUGGGAAUGUUGAGUCACCAAGUACAUCGGAUGGUGUGCUGUUUGCCAUCCCGAUACCAAUAUCAUCUUCAUCAAAGUAGAAUUCCGGGCCUAUUACCUGUCAGAAUUCAGUUGUCCAAAAUUUGAGCUGCUGUAUUGUUCUGUCAAAAUGGCUUAAAAAACCAACGUUAUUUGGGCCCACAAGCCACUCUCUUCACUGUUCACUUCAAGCGCGCAGUGUAUACGGAAAUUUAGUUCUUUAUAAACACUCUCAUUAUUACCCUUAUUAAAACAUGGCUGUGUUUCUUGAAAUACCAACCCCCCCAUUUAGCAAAUUAUACGUCUGUUCAAUCAAUACUUCGAGAUUGCUCCUUAUUAAGUCUUCACAUUUCCGGUAACAAGACUGCUGGUUCGUAUCACUUCAAAAAAUGUAUUAAUGAUAUAACUGUACUGAGUUAGAAAGGACUUCUUCAAUAAACCGAUCGUUCUUACGGAACUCACUCGUUCACUUGUGCCUUGCGGGCUCUCUCUCGAGCCUAACCAGACGCCACACAGAGGCGCAUGAUAUAGGCAGAAUGUUAUUACCGAAAAAGACAAGGGAGACUGGAAUGACUAUUUCUGGCUUAUUAACCAUCGUCAGCCAACCAUACCCAACCCCAAAGUGUGGAACACCCGAGGCACGAACUCGCGACCUGUUAGUUAGAAGUCCACGCCUCUAACCACUGGGCCACGAGCCCGUUGCCCUGUCAGUUUGCGAUCGGGAAUAAACAAUAGUGCAAGGCACAAUUGUGUUCCGUUAGGCACAAGGGAACGAGUGACUUCCGUAUGAACGAUCGGUGAGCGCCCCUGCAUCAUUGCAUAUUCCAGACCGAAACCGACAAGACAACGAGCCCACGGUUCAGCGGUAAGGGGCGUAGUCUUCUGAUUAACAGGUUGAGGUUUCGAGCCUCGGCUGUUCCACACUUUGGGGUUCGAUAUGGCUGGCUGACGAUGGCUAAUAAGACAGAAAUGGCCAUUCCAGUCUUCCUUAAUUUUGUUGGUAAUAACAUACUGCCUAUGAUUAACGCUGUUUCACCCGCCCAGGUGACGGGUUCCUUCUAAUGAGGGCUUCAGGAUACCUACUCGUCGAGCAGAGCUCCAGACGUUCCUUAGUCUGCAGGCUUCUCAAAACAUUUUGCUCGAUGGGUUUAUUGGUUUGCUGAUACGCAAGCACGAAGCCCAGCCCCAAACACACACGUGUUACGACGCCAGAAGGACACAAAUGUCCGUGCUUAGAUACUUACAGUCUUCUAGUGGGCAAACACAUUUUAGCAUGCGCUGUUUCAUCCUUGCACAAACGCAAUUUGCCUGGAAGAAAAUUUGGUGGUGAACCAUCCGCCAAAACUUACAUUUACGCAAUCUUGAAGCUACAGCCGUCUUCUACCUUGGGUGUUUCCCAUUUGCCAGGCAGUCGAACGGGUUUGGCGAUUUGAAUUUAAUGAUCGAAACGACGCAGAAGUUUGAACGGUAUCUAGGGUCUUUCCGAACUUACAAGCACCGCCAAUCAGUCUGGGUACUUGGAGUUACGAAUAACCGAAGUGACUGACAGUUUUGUUGUAUUUUCUUGUAGAAGCUGCUUGUGGAGGAUACUUGAAGGAGGAUCAAGGCAACUUUACCAGCCCUGGAUACCCGAUCACGUACCCACCAAACGUUAGAUGUGUUUGGAAGAUUGAAGUUCCCGCUGAAUUCUCUAUUGUGCUUACAUUCGAGAAUAUUGAAGUAAGUAUCCAUGCAAGCACUACUCUAAUUUUUUAUGGAUGCGUUUGUGCAAACAAGCUUAAAAUGAGAAGCAGCGGUUUGCUACGAAUGUGGGUCUGUAAAAUAAAUUUAACAUAAACUAAACUCUAGUAAGGAAAUAUAUUUCGACCUUUUUGUAAUCACUGAAUAUUCGAUGGUGUAAUUUCAUAGCUGUAGUUUUGGGUUCCUUUUUAAAUUGCCCACAGCAAAAUUUACGAGUAUCAAUAUUGAUGAUGUGUGGAUGUUUGCUACUCAAUAUGCAGUUACUGGACGCUGCCAACUUAUUUCCUUUGGGUAUAAAUAUAUCUUGUUUGCGGGGUGGACACUCUGCCGACAUCUUCACAAGACAGCCAGCUAGUUCUUCACCUAAGCAAUCUAGUGAAUGGACUCCAGCAGGACCCCUGGGUCACACUCGUUUCUAAAUUUUUUUGACCUACAGUUGACGAUGAUCACCGUCUGUGAUGGCAUGGCCGUCGCACAGUGCGAUUUGUCCAGCAUCGUACCUGACCGCCAUGCUGCACCAGCGGCGGCGACGGCGGCGGCAGUUGACGGGACUUCCUUUACUCAUCCAAAAGUGUAA